UGGGGAUUUCCUCCUGUCCUCCAGGUGAAGGGACCAGGGGUUGGCCUGCUCGGUUGCUCCAAAGGUGCUGAUCUGUGUCUCACCAUGGCCGCCUUCCUGAAGAACAUCACGGCCGUUGUUUCCCUCAACGGCCCUGUGGCCGUUACGAUUUACCCUCUCUGUUACAAGGAUAAAACCAUCCCCGCUUUGCCCAUCGAUGAACAACAGGUCAAAAUCAUUGACUCCAAUCUUCUUGAUUAUUCCGACAUCCCUGCUGAUGCCUUCCAAGCCCCUGGCAACCAAAGCCUGAUCCCACUAGAGAAAACUGAGGCACAGUUACUGUUCAUUGUUGGGCAAGAUGACCAUGUUGUUAAAAGUGAGUAUUACGCUACUGAAGCCUGCAAGCUUUUGCAGGCUCAAGGGAAGGAAAAUUUUCAGAUUCUCUCCUACCCUGGAACAGGGCACUGCUUUGACCCUCCCUUUUUCCCUUUGUACUCCAUAGGAAGCCAUCCCAUUUUUCACAAGCGGGCAGUCCUGGGUGGGGAGCUCAGGGCUUAUUCUAAAGCUCAGGCUCAUUCUUGGCCACGGAUCCAGGCUUUUUUCAACAGGUAUUUAAAUGACAACUAAUGUGCAAGAAAGACGCAGCUCUUAAUGACCUAACCUGGCAGAUGCUUUCAGGCUUGCCAGGUCAAAACUUGUUCACAGUUGCACCAGUACAACUGCAGUAUCUUCCACCGCUUUGCACAUCUGUAACUCAGAAAAGAGCUGCGUUUGCCUUUUCUGGUUUUCCCUGAACUUGCUUGGGUAAGUGUCAAGAAAAGGAAUGGCAAACAGGUUUGCAUUAGCCAUUGAUAAAACUGGUCACGUGCAAAAUGCACAGUUACAUUUCUUAGGUGGUUUCUGUUCUUCCAAAUGCCUGGCAGUACUUCACAUAUCACUGUGGUCUCUACAUGCAUACCUCAUCCUCAGCUUUAAAGCAAUCUACUGUAAAGCAACGCCUCUCAAACGCUGAUUUUGGACCAGGGUUUUCACCACUCUUGUGGUGAAAGCCUCAUCGUAAACGGAAAUGUCUCUGAUCUCUGUGCUGCUGGAAGUGUGCAGGAAUGGAUGUUACAGCCAGGAUGCUGGGGUGACUCCGGUUAAGCCUCAGGAAGGGUUGCUGGCCCUCUGUGCCACCUCUCUGUCCUCUCCUCAGAGGAAGUGCUCUGGCUCGUCGAUACUUCUGGCCCCAAGAUGUCACGCAAAAAGCCAUUCUGCUAAAUGUACAGCCAUUGUGAUCUUCUCCCACAUGAUGUGGAACUUUUUCAGCUUUGUUAUUAGGGUGAGAAUUGUAAUAAAGAGACUGAGAUUUGAAA